AUGUUGAAGCACAAGAGUUUCCUGAAAUGCCCACUGCCCUCCAUCCCGGGCAUGCUCAUUUCCAUUCUACUGGUUCUUCUGCCUGGUGUCACACACUUAUCCCAGGGCAGUGCCAGUCCCGACGACUCCGCCCAUGCACCCAGGAACUGUUCCAGCGAAGACAACUGCUCUGAAGGGGUUGUGCUGCCUCUGUGGAACCCUCAAAACCCGGCCGUGGGUGAUAAAGUUGCCCGUGCGAUUGUUUAUUUUGCUGCCCUUGUCUACAUGUUCCUGGGUAUGUCCAUUAUAGCAGAUCGCUUCAUGUCCGCCAUCGAAGUCAUCACCUCUCAAGAGAAGGAGAUCACCAUCAAAAAGCCAAACGGGGAGACAACCACAACCACGGUGCGCAUCUGGAACGAAACUGUAUCCAACUUGACUUUGAUGGCUCUGGGUUCCUCCGCUCCAGAGAUUCUUCUAUCUGUCAUUGAGGUUAUCGGCCAUGACUUUGAAGCAGGCUCACUGGGGCCCAGCACAAUCGUGGGCAGCGCCGCGUUCAACAUGUUCAUUAUCAUUGCGAUUUGUGUCUAUGUGGUUCCAGAGAACGAGACCCGCAAGAUAAAGCACCUGCGGGUGUUUUUUGUCACUGCAGCCUGGAGCAUUUUUGCCUACAUCUGGCUCUAUAUCAUCCUGUCUGUUUCCACGCCGGGGGAGGUGGAGGUCUGGGAGGCAGUGCUCACCUUUCUCUUCUUCCCAUUGUGUGUGUUGCAAGCGUGGAUCGCAGAUAGACGCCUGCUCUUCUACAAGUACGUCAACAAGAGGUACCGCGCCGACAAGAACCGUGGCAUUAUCAUUGAGUCAGAAGGCGAUGCCAUGUUUACAAAAAUGGAUCUGGAGAUGGACGGACAGGGGACAAACUCACACAUUCAUCCCAAAGAAGCUCUGGACGGGAUGCUGGAAGGAGUGGAGGAGGGUGUGGGGAAUAGCGCAGAGCAGGAUCAAGAGGAAGAAGCCCGGAGAGAAAUGGCUCGCACCCUGAAAGACCUGAAGCAAAGACACCCAGAGAAGGACAUGGAGCAGCUGAUUGAGAUGGCAAACUAUCAAGUUCUGGUGCAACAGCAGAAGAGCCGAGCCUUUUAUCGUAUUCAAGCCACACGCAUGAUGAUCGGGGCGGGAAACAUCUUGAAGAAGCAUGCGGCGGACCAGGCCAGGAAAGUGGUGAGCUGUCACGAGGCGAGCGGUCAGGAGGAAGACCCCAACACCAUCUACUUACAGUUUGAUCCAUCCGUCUAUCAAUGCUUCGAGAACUGUGGGUCCAUGAAGCUGACGGUCAGCCGACAUGGGGGAGAGAGCGGCUGCACUGUGAAGGUGGAUUAUCGUACAGAGGACGGCACUGCGAAUGCUGGUUCUGACUAUGAGUUUGCAGAGGGGACUUUGGUCUUCAAGCCCGGUGAGACAACCAAAGAGUUUACAGUGGGCGUGAUAGAUGAUGAUAUCUUUGAAGAAGAUGAGCAUUUCUAUGUUCGACUCAGUAACCCACGGAUUGUCCACCGAGCUGAGGUCUCCCUACUCGAACCCAAUUCCAUUACUUCCAGCAACAGCAUGGUGGGCAUCUCCUCACACGUUCCUCCCAAAGCUGCCCUUGGGAAAGCCGACACUGCCACAGUCACCAUAUACGACGACGACCACGCAGGCAUAUUCACCUUCGAGAGCGACAACACCAGGGUGAGCGAGAGCGUGGGUAAAAUGCAGGUGAAGGUCCAUCGGACGUCUGGGGCGAGAGGGAAGGUAGCAGUGCCUUACCACACCAUGGAAGGCACGGCCAAAGCUGGAGAGGACUACGAAGAGGUGUCAGGCAAACUGGAAUUUCAGAACGACGAGACCAUGAAGUUGCUGAACGUGAAAAUCAUUGAUGAUGAAGAGUAUGAGAAAAAUAAGACGUUUAUAAUUGUGCUGGAGGAACCAAUUUUGUUGGAUGUUGGACAGAGGCACGGAGACACAAAUGACAACAAGACGGCGGUGGGGCCUGAGGACGUGUCAAAGAUGGGCUGUCCCAUCCUGGGGGAGCACACCAAGCUGGAGGUGGUGAUCGAGGAGUCGUAUGAAUUCAAGAGCACUGUGGACAAACUCAUCAAGAAGACCAACCUGGCUCUGGUGGUGGGCAGCAGCAGCUGGAGGGAGCAGUUUGUUAGUGCUGUGACUGUCAGCGCAGGCGACGACGAUGAGGAGGAGAGUGGAGAGGAGCGUCUGCCCUCCUGCUUUGAUUACAUUAUGCACUUCCUGACAGUUUUCUGGAAGGUGCUGUUUGCCUUCGUGCCGCCCACAGAGUACUGGAACGGCUGGGCUUGCUUCUUUGUGUCCAUCUCUCUCAUCGGCGUGCUCACCGCUGUCACGGGGGACUUGGCCUCACACUUCGGCUGCACCGUGGGGCUUAAAGACUCCGUCACGGCUGUGGUCUUUGUGGCCCUCGGCACCUCUGUCCCAGACACAUUUGCAAGUAAAGUGGCCGCCAUCCAGGACCAGUACGCGGACGCCUCCAUCGGGAACGUGACUGGAAGCAACGCGGUGAACGUGUUCCUGGGCAUCGGCGUGGCGUGGACCCUCGCCGCCGUCUAUUGGAAGAGUAAGGGGAAGGCUUUCAAGGUGAACCCGGGUUCCUUGGCCUUCUCCGUCACGCUCUUCACCAUCAUGGCUCUGCUGUGCGUGGUGGUGCUGCUGUACCGCCGCCGUCCGGGGGUAUCCGGGGGAGAGCUGGGUGGCCCACGGACUGCCAAGCUGGUCACCUUCUUCCUCUUCCUCUCCUUCUGGCUCAUCUACAUCCUCCUGUCGUCGCUGGAGGCUUACUGCCACGUGCCCGGCUUCUGA